AUGAGUAACAAGAAACAAAGAUUAGAGAAACAGAAUGAACCAGAGAUAGAGGUGGAGGGUGAUGAUCAUGAGGAGUUGGGUGGAAUCACUUCAAUAUACGAGACAUUGUUGAAUAAUGCUGAACUAGUUGCUCAAUCAGAAAAGAUAACAGAAAUCAACAACAAGAAGGAGUUGGAAUCAGUUCAAAUAGACAAGGAGGAGUACAAGCUAUGCAAAUCACUCUAUGAGAAGCGUGCCAAGGAGCUUGUAAAGCUGGACAACUUCUGGAAGACUGUCUUCUACAACGAGUUGAGUCCACAACUUGGCACUGAUGAGGAUGAUGGACUUCUUUCAUACAUCAUCGACUUCUUCAUUGAGGAGACUGACAAGGAGUUCGUGAUCAAUUUCACAUUUGCCAAGAACAAUAUUAUAGCUAAUGAGAAGGUCACUGUUACCUGUCAGACACCUACUACACCAGAGGAUAUGCAGGCUGAUCUGCCUAUCAAGGUCACUGAUCUCACUGUGAGGAAGAAGGAUGCCAUCGAUAAUGAUCCGCUAUUGCAGUUCUUUGCCGAGCCAUCAAGGCAGGUAUGCGUGAUGAUCACAAAUGUUUGGAUGAACCCAUUGGAUGUGUAUCUGGCUGCGAAUGAACCAGAGGGAUUGGAUGAUGGCGAGGGUGAGGAAGAGGACAAUGAGGAAGGAGACGAAUAA